UUAAUUUGUCCAAAAUGGUUUUAAAGAAGAAAAAAGAUAUUCAGGUUGCUGCAUUGAUUGUUGGUCACCAGGAACUUGAAACGUUGAAAUCAUUUGCAGAUGCUGAAGGGGAGAAUCUUGCUUCCUUGUUGUUACAUUGUGUACAGCUGACUGAUGGACUAGUCCAAAUCCAAUGUAUCAAACAGAUUGUGCCUUUGCUUCAGAAGAUUGAUGGACAUCAGGCAUGUGAUCCCAUGUUUCGGAGUUGUUUGGAUGUUUUAGGACGUAUUUAUUUUUCUGUGGGCUCAAAGAACCCUUUGAAAAAAGUAUUGGCAAGUUCACUAAAUGGCCUCCCUGAACCAUUUUUUGCUGAUGCCGUAUGUAGCUUUACUUCUUGUCUUCAGGAAGAGCUGAAAACUACUAACCUGUAUUCUUAUAGGAAAGUAGUUGACAAUCUUGCCUCUUGUAUGGAGAACUUUAACCUGGGUAGGACAAGUGUUAUGAACCUGUUUAAAGAUGUUCUUCAGUUUCUACAGAAGGUUCUAGUUGAAAUACCAGAAGAAAAUAGAAAGUUUACUGGAAACCAUAUUGCUCAAACAGAAUUGAUGCAUAACUUGCUGAUCACCAUCAGAGUCUCCAUGAUGCUAGUGCAGAAAGGACAAGAAAUCAGUCAGGGAGAACUUUGGAAGAUCCCUGGCUCUCCAGUUUGGCAAAGCAUGUGUGAUCUACUGAGCAUUUUCUCCAAGAUCCUAAGGAAUGAUGACCUCUUACAGAAUAUUCAGAGUACAUCUGGAUUAGCCAUUAUACUUCUCAUUAAGACUCUUUGUGAUACUAAUGAAAUGAUACCUGGUUUGGUGAACCACUUGAUACUUCAUUCAGUGGAAAGUCCCAAGGUGCCUGAAUGGUUUAUGAGCAGCUGUGGAAGCCUGUGUAUGGAGGACAUCCCUGGGCCAGCCCUCCUCUUCCUUUGUCAAGGCGCAUUGGCAAUGUUAAGCUGGAAGAAUGGGAACAUGGGCCAGAGCGGAGAGAAACUCCUUUUGGACAUUGCCAGUGUUUUGUUCACCCUGAGUUUGCAGCUCAAGGAAUCAAGCUUGGAAAUAUUUUUAUCUAGAAUUUUGGUGAUUUGGACCAAUUCAGCCUUAGAUAUCCUUGAAUCAAGUUCUUUGAGUCUAAAGAACAGUCUGAAUGGGAAUUCGUACACAAUUGGGAGACUUCUGGAGUACGUCUAUACCCACUGGGAACAUCCCUUGGAUGCUGUGAGACACCAAACAAAAACCAUAUUCAAAAAUCUUCUUCAGAUACACCAGUGCACUGUGGAAGGGUCUAAUUGUGUCUCUGAUCCUUUUUUCUUGGGACUUAUAGAGAACCUGUUGAGAUUGGAAUGGCACGUUAAGGGAAAAUAUACCUGCCUCAGCUGCCUGGUGGACUGUGUAGGAAUUGAAACUAUUUUAGCAGUGAAUAAAACAAUCCCUUCUCAGAUCUUAGAGGUGAUGGGCGAUCAGUCACUGGCCCCUUAUGCAAGUGACCUCCUAGAAACCAUGUUUAAGAAUCACAAGAAUCAUUUGAAAUCCCAGGCUCUUUGUAGUCCUUGGAUUGACCAAUGGCAUGAGACGUGGGUUUCUCCUCUCCUCCUCAUACUGCGUGAAGGGAACCUAGAACAAACAUCUUCUAUAAUUGAUUAUUAUUUGCCAAAGCUAUUGAAAUGCAGUCCUGAAAGCCUUGGUUACAUGGUGAAAAUUCUUCAGACUUCUACUAACAUUAACAUAGGUAAGAAAAUCUGCUUUUACCCACUCCUGUCUUUAGGGUCCCGCGACAGCAGAGGCUCCCUCGGAGCUCUGAUGGCCUGUCUUAGGACAGCCAGGGCUCAUGGACAUCUACAGUCUGCAUCUCAUGUUACAUGGGGUAGCCUUGUAUCCAGUGCAAAAAUAAAACAAGGCUUAGUUCAUCAGCAUUGCCAGGUUCGCAUUGAUGCUUUAGGUUUGCUCUGUGAAAGUCAUCGCAGCACUGAAAUUGUUUAUGUGGAAGAGAUGCAGCUGAUUCAGUUCUUUAUUUUUUACAACCUCAAUAGUCAAUCUCCUAGCAUGAGGCAGCAGAUCUGUUAUCUCCUGCAAAAGCUAUUCAGCAGGAUACAGGAAAGUUCUCAGGUACUUUAUAAAUUGGAGCAAAAUAAAUCCCAGCAAGAUUCUUUGGAUGAUUUAACUGAGAAGAAUCCUUCUGAGACUUUACAGCAAUAUAAGGAUUUUAUGUCAUCCAUCUGCAACAUUCUUUUCAGAGCUCUAUUUCCCGGCUCUUCCCACUCAACCAAAUUUACAGUCUUAACCAUUUUAGGCUCAAUAGCAGAAUUAUUUCCUGUCCCAGAAGGUAAAGUUCAAGCAGUGUUUCAGCUGAGUGAGGAGAUUGAUUUUGCCCGAGUUGAAAAAAUAAUGGAAUGUUUUUCAAGCACUUUUGAGGAAGUGAAAAUUUUAGCCUUCGAUCUUUUGAUGAAGUUACCAAAAACUAUCAUACAUUUUCAGGAUCCUUUGAAACUGCAAGCCUUGUUCCGUGCAGCAAUGGACCUGAGCACUAGCACCAAACCAUAUGACUGUGUGACAGCUUCCUAUUUGCUGAAGUUCUUAAUUGGUCAAGAAGGCCUGCUGGCAGCCCUGGCUACUCUCAUUAACAAUCCCCCUGGGCUUUCACCAUGUCAGAAAGAGGGAGAGGAGCCUGUUUAUUUUGUGGAAAGGAACACACUAAUGGUUAUUAGGCAUCUUUUAGAAAAUCUUGAGAGAGAAAUAUCACAGGCUGAAAGUUCUCUAUUGCAAGCAGCAGCAUUGUUUCCUAUGUAUGGACGAGUUCACUGUAUAAUAGGGGCUUUUCAGCAGUUAUCUUUAAAGUAA